CCAGAUUACGUAAGCAGUUUGACAACGAGGCGUAUCACGUGAUUCCUAAACCGUCAUGUGACUUUGUUUUCAUGAUGGCGGUUUACUACACUGACCAGGGAAUCGAGUUGAAGAAACGAAUCUUGCAAAUCGAAAACAAGUGCUCCAGCCUCAGCGAGGAAAAUCAGGAAGAUGAUUACUUACAAAAUGCCUGUGCAACAGUUAAAAAGCUAACAAACUAUUACACACAAGAAGAUGAAAAUGUUACUCUGUCAAAACUACUACAGGAUUACACACAGGUUGUGCUGGAUGUCACAUUUUAUGAGGAAAAUAAACUUGUAGAUCAAGAAUUUCCAGAAGACAUUUCCCCUCAGAAGAUCCAUGAAUUAUUACAGGAGCUUACUGAACCUGAACUGCUUGUGGGAAUGCUUGCAGGAGGGCAAGAUGUGCUUGCAGUUCUUGGCAAAGAACUUUUGGAAUGUCUGUAUUGGAGACGAGGAGCUUUACUAUACAUGUACUGUUACACUCUACAACAAAGAAAGCAGUGGAUUAAAAGUAAUAUUCCAUCUUUUCUGAAGUGGCUUCACGAAGGUGUCCAUUUCUUGAUGAGGAUGCUGCAAGUGAAAAACAGUAUACAGCUCAGUGAUGGUGUUGUUUUUCAUGAUUCAUCCACUGCAAAAUUGCUUACAGAAGGUGUGUUUUCUGAUACACAUUUGCUGACAAUGAUGUAUAUUGGUGAGAUGUGCUUCUGGGCAGUGAAGUACGAUGACUGUGACACAAGCACACCCGAUCGCAUUAAAGAAAAUCUUAAUUUCAGAGACAUUGGCAAACAGAUACUAAGUAAAUAUGUAACAGUUUGUGAAGGUCCACUCAAAGGACAAGGCUGGAAUACAGAAAAUGCUAAGGAAAUACUUAAUUUUUUACAGUAGUUAAAAUAUGCAAAAGAGACUUUUUUGGUAGUUACAUAAUCAACCUCCUUGUGUCUGCAAUGUGGGCUUUUACAUCCCUUGCAGAUUAUUAGGGAGGAAUCUUUCUGGUUGAUCAUCUUUGUUUAUUAUAUAAUUUAUCUGCCUUUUUUAUUGUAUUGGAGAAAUACCAAAUGGGUGUGUGUUGUAAAUGCAUAAAACCUUUUUGUUUUUUUUAUAACUAAUGGUUUGAAACUUAACUCUUUUUGCUCAUUUUACAUUUUUUUUCCUAACACUAUAUAUUAUUUGGAGUUAAAAUUAUGUAUGUUAGUUUCUCUUAUUCUUAAUAUUCAUCCAGUUACCUUUUUAUUUUGUAGGUUUAUAUACAAAUUUCACUGUUUUCCUAAUCAAACAUGAUGCAUAGUUCUUACAUAUUACAUAUGUUUUUGUGUAUGAACGUGUGUGUUUAUUUAUUUCUGUUGCAGUGAAGUUCAUGGUCAUUUACUGGCUCCUAUUUAACAUAUAUGGUUGCAUGAUUUAUUGGUAAUGUAAUGGAAUAACUUAAAGGUGUUGAAAAGGUAAUAAUUUUAAUGAACUGAAACCAUCAUCUCAAAUUUUCAGAAAGUGUUUCUCUUGCAUCAUAUCUCUAAUGCUUAUCAGUAUUAAAUCAUAAAGUGGACUUAUGUUAAAACAAAAAGUAAGGAUUGUGAUUUCUUUUUUGUGUGUGUGUUUCCUUAAUGACAACUCAGUUUGAGCUGUAGGCUUUGUAGAUCAGUGUGUUUCUUACUCAAUUCAUCAGAUAGUUCAUUAGAACAAUCUACAAUCCAUUUGUAGUAUAUUGUCAUUACUCCGGAAAAACAACAACAGUAAUGACAGCGUAGCACUGGGGUCUUCUGAAUGGUUCUUCUUUGACAAAGUGUGUUAAACCUUUUUAUCAAAAUGUAGGGAAUAUUUUUCAUUACCUGAAGAUUUAUAAUUUGGAAAGGUUAUCCUGAAUUGUUUGUUUGAGCUGUCAAUUAUCCUUUUGACUAAAAUACAGUGGUAUUCUUUUGCAACAGCUAGAUCAGGGAGGCAGUGACUGCAGAUUUUGUUCCAGCUCAGUUUCUUAUUCAAAAUGCAAUUAACUGCUUCUGAAACAAUUACUGCUCAAACAAAAUGUUUGUGCUUCCUUUUGGAUUCAGUCAUUAAAACUCCCAAACUUUAAUUGCUCAUUUUAGUAUUCAUUAGUUCCAUUCACUUUUUUUUUUUUUGUCUUACUUAAAAAUGAGAUGAAAAUGACAAAGGAACCAGCAGCUCACCGCAUAAUUUAUUUCCAUUUGCACCAAUGUGUGUUCAUCAUGAAGUAUCUAUUUUAAUAAACUAUUUGGAAAGAAAUUAAACAGAAACAAAGGGAAUGACUGAGGAUUUCUCAUCUACCUUGUUCCACAAAGCAUUUGAGUGAUUUUCUUGGAAAAGAACAAUCAACAAUAUAAGAAUGACUUGACAUGGCUUAAGAACAUUAAUAAGCCAGAAUAUUAAAUAAAAAGUUCUAUUAUCGGCAAGAAUUGGCUUCUAAUUAAGCAAAUGGGUUGAAAUAACUUGCAGCAACUUAAGGUUUGCCAAGCUAGUUAUUUUGUGUUUGAAAUAUCAUACAUAAAUGGUGUCUUUUCUUUUACCAAGAAAGUUUUGGAGCAAAUUCAAAAUGUUUCUGUCAAUAUGUAUGUUUUGAAUUAAUUUUUUGUUUAGUGAUACUGGCAUAUAAAUUUGUUUUCGCUACAAAUACUAACAUUGCUUACAUAUAUAUUAGUCAUCUAUAAGUGGUAUGGAUUGCUUAGUUUAUUUAUAAAUAGAAUUUUUAGUCAUUCAUAACUUAUAUACCAGUUAUACCAAAUCUGUGAUUUAUAGUUGUUUUUUUUCUUUCUUUUAUGAAAAAAAUAGUAUUUUGGAGUCAGCCAAAAGUAAAGCAAGGAUUAUAUAGAAUCAAAUGAUAUUUUCAUUUAAUUAACAGUUUUAGUACAUGUUACAUACAUAUAAAUAAACAGCCUACAAUAAGAACUUUAAUAAAUAAAACAAACUACAAAUAAUUUUAGUCUUAAAUCCAAGAGAUUUCAAUGAAUUGAAUAUUUGAAAUGUAUGAUUUCAAUGGAAAACUAUUAGAAAAAAUACAGAAAACUUCUUUGAAAACAUUUAAUUAUGUAGCACAGCACUAUGUGAAAUACUAGGCAGUUUUUAGGCAGCUAUAUAUAAAAUAGCUUCACGUUUAAUUUUAAAGUGGUUUAGGCAAUUUUUUGUAUGCUUUUUGUAUUUUGAGCUUUGACUGUAAAUUGCUGGUGUAUGUUAUUUUACGUUGCAAAUGCUAUAAAAUGUUUCCGGAGCUACAGUAGACCUAUAUGGACAGAGGUGAUCUACAGUGAUUUAGUCAAGCGAGUGGUAAUUUUGAUUUUUUUCAGUUAAGCAAAACUGAACCCUUUCUUUGACUAAAUAUUUUAACAAUGUUUAUGUUGUACUGACAGAAAACAAGUUCUUGGAGUGUUUUUUUCUGGCAGUCUUGCCAGAGCUAUGAAACUUUCUUACAAUAUAUUGAGAUGUUCAGUACAGAAGCUUCUUACAAUUUCUUUGUUUUCUUUAAGUUUUACCCAGUUUAAAAUAUAUAUUAUUGAUAUGAUUUCUGUAUACUCUAUAUCAUAUAUAGGAAAAUUGUAAAUGUUUACCAAAAUUAUUUUGCUCCAUUUCUUCUUUAAAGGUAUAUUGUCCUGUAAUUUCUUAAACAUGUAACGGAAUUGCCUUUCUUUUCCAAAGAGUGUGUGCUAGUGUCCCCUGUAGUAGUUUUUAAUAUUAGGAAUGAGUACUGCUAGAUUCAAUAGAAAUACAUUUGUGGCUUUUGCAAAUCUAGGUUGCCAAGUCUUCGGAACAAAUUGAAGUCUGCCUGCACAGAUUGUGCCUUUUCUGCCAAGAUGAAAGUUGUUAUAUCUUUUUUUUUUUGCUGCAGGAACAGAUUUUUUUCUUGGUUGAUGAACAAAACUGCACCCUACACAGAACUUAGAAUGUGACCUCAUCUCUGUAUAGAGAUGAAAAUAUAAUCUACAUAGAUAUGUUUUUGUUCUAAUAAUUUUGGUUGCCUGAGAAGAGAUUUUUUUCAAAUUCAGUAUACUAAUGUAUAUCAAAAAGUGCCUUAAUUUUCCGAAUGACCACACCCUGGAAUAAGCAUCUGUUUCAUGGUUAUUAACCAUUUCCCAUUUCAGUUACUACUUUUCCUGUAAUGGUAGGAGGCUUAGAAAUGUAGAAUGUGCUCUUUUAUUAUAAAUCGUUUUAUCUUCCUUGAUAGCAUUAGUUGCCUUGUAUUGUAUUCAUGUGUUUAUUUAUGCAAUUUGUAAUGUUGUUUGGUAUGAAAGGUACUAUAUAAAAUGAAAAUGAAUUGACCGAAUUAAACUAAUAGAGUACAUGUAUACUGUUACUAUGUAAUUUGCAUUAUUGCUAUUCUUGUUGUUCAUCACAAUGUAUUAACUUUGUCUUUAGGCGUUGCCCGAUUCCAUUAAUUGACAUUAGACUUGAAGCCACCUCAAGAAAAUCACCUAACCCGCCUGUUGUUCAGUUGUGUAAAAUAUUUAUGUAAAUACUCCUUUUUAAAGCACUUUGGGAUGGUGUUCACUGUAAAAACUUGGUAUUUAAAAUGAAG